AUGGCGCUCUUUGACUCGGCGCCGCGGGUCUUCCUCGCAGCCACCACGCUGCGUCUUGUUCUCCUUCUGUACGGAGGCUGGCAGGAUGCCCAUUCGGCUGUGAAAUACACCGACAUUGACUAUAUGGUUUUCACCGAUGCCGCGCGUUAUGUCGCUCGCGGUGAGUCGCCUUAUGCGCGCGACACGUAUCGCUACACGCCCCUCCUGGCUUGGAUGCUCCUCCCGACGGCCUGGGAGGGUGCUGCCCCCUGGGCAUCGGUGGCCUUUGCUUUUGGAAAGGCUCUAUUUGCGCUUUCUGAUGUGCUGGCUGGAUGGCUGGUCGUGCAGUUAUUGCGCCGGUGCUACUCUUUCCCCAUGGAGAAAGCGCUGCGCUAUGUCGCCGUCGUGUGGCUGUGGAACCCCAUGGUCGCUAACAUCAGCACCCGCGGCAGUGCCGAGGGCCUGCUUGGUGUGCUGGUCGCUGCGCUGGUGUGGGCCUCCCUGACCCGACGUGCGGUGCUGGCCGGCGCGAUCCUCGGCCUGGCCGUCCAUUUCAAGAUCUAUCCUUUCAUCUAUGGCGUAUCAAUUCUGUGGUGGUGGGAUGCCCAGUGCGAUGGAGUUGCUGCGCCCGUCCAGCAAUCCAGUCUCACCUCACGCGCUGUCGCUUUUCUCACCCCGUCGCGCGUGAAGCUCACGGUCUCGGCCCUGGCCUCUUUUAUCGCGCUCAAUCUCCUCAUGUACUUCCAGUACGGCGAGCCCUUCCUCCAAUAUACCUUCUUCCACCAUCUCACCCGCAUCGACCACCGCCACAACUUCUCUCCCUACAGCACCCUGCUCUAUCUGUCUGCCGCCGGCGGUGCGAACUCGCAUUUCGAGGCACUCGCAUUUCUCCCUCAAUUGCUGUUGGUCGUUGUCCUGCUCCCGCUCGUGCUGGCAAAGAAGAGCUUGACCACCGCAAUGCUCGCCCAAACUUUUGCCUUUGUGACGUUCAAUAAAGUCUGUACAAGCCAGUAUUUCCUAUGGUAUCUGGUCCUCCUUCCAUUCUACCUUCCUUCGUCUUCGUUCAUCCGGAGGCCAGCUUUGGGGAUUUCGGCUGCCGGUCUCUGGGUCCUUGGGCAGGCUCUUUGGCUUCAUCAAGGCUAUAACCUUGAGUUCUUGGGUCGCUCCGCCUUCGUCCCGGGCUUGUUCCUUGCGGCCUUGUUUUUCUUCGCCGUGAACAUUUGGAUCCUGGGCAUCAUUAUCCAGGAUGGAGGCGAUGAUGCUACCAUUAAUGCCGGUGGGAGUAUUAAGCCCUCGGCAAAGAUCUAG